AUGUACAACGACGACGACGGAGAUGACAUUCCAGUUGCUCCGCCCCCGCCGAAACAAGGUAAAGAAGGGAGCGCCGACGCGUUCGAAGCAAGAGCAUUUCAGCGAAAACGAUGAACAACAUACAGAUGGCGUUCAUGCAGACUCAAUUGGCACAGCGGAAAGCAGCAUUGCAGCAGCAGGCAGCGGUAUCUCCUUCCUUCCUGUUUGCAGAAUUCACUGAAUUCUCCGUUUCCAGAGACAGAAACUGGUGAAACCGUCCGCACCGCCGCCAGUGAUAGACCUCUCCACUCGGAAUCGGACCGCUGUCGCCCCUUCCGUCGUCGUUGCCAAACCGUCAUUCCAACCGAUUCGGGCGAAUCCAGUUGCUGAAAAUAUCAGUUUCCUUCCGAAAGCGGCAACAGACGAGAGUGUUCUGAUAUUCGGAGAAGAGUACGUUCAGUGCGAAAACUAUCCGAUGACUCCGAACAACUUUGAAGUGUUCUCUUGCUUUCCUCUCUCUGCGCACACACUCUCUCGGUGCCGCAAACAUCAAAGUUUACGACUAUUAGCUUCUUGUGUGUGUGUAGCCUAGUUCCUGCUUUUCUCGGAUUAGCAUUUCUUCUACCCACGGUCUCCAGAGCUGACAAUAUGGGUGUGGCCUCGGCGGCCAAAUGGCGUUUUCAUGAAUUGAGCAGGUUUUCUCUGAUUUUUGUGGUCAAAGGCAAUGAAAAAUGAUUGUUCGACAUGAAAACAAACUAAUUCUCCGAAUUAUAGACGUUUUUGCGCAUUUUUUGGCCGAUCAUUGGUUUUGAGAAUGAUAAAUCACGUAAAUACAAGCAUUUUGAGAGCUCGAACCGCGAAAACUACCGAAAAGCAACUGAAAUUCACGCAGUUUUAGCGAAAAACCUUCAAACGGAUAAAUGUGAUUUGCGACUUGACCAAAUUUAACGCUCUUGCGCUUAAAAUAUUCGUAAUAGCCUAUACAAUCGGUCUAUCGAGAGACAAAUCAGAAAUUAUCGGUUUUUCGUGGCUAAUCUGGCAAAAAACAUAAAUUAUGCUGUUAAAAUUUGAAUUUCGCGCCAAUGUAUCGCUCUAUUGGGCGGGGCGCACUUGUGCCCAUUGUCAGCUCUGGAGACCGUGGCUACCUAUUAUUCACUCUGAAUAAACGUGUGUUUGAGAUACACUCGUCUUUCGUCUUUUUUCACCUCUUCGGGUUCAAUAUCGCUCAAACAUAUCACAGGUUACGUGUAAAUAAGAAUGUUGAAACAGUAAUGUUUCACUGGUAUCGUAUUUUUAAAAAACAAAACGAUGAAAAGCUUUGUUGCCAAAGUUCUAAGGGUUCCAGAGGCUUCCCGGUCCCAGGAUCGACCCGUCUCCGAUCGAUCCGUUCGGUGCUCCCACUCAUUCGUCGACCUGCCGCCAGUUGA